CCUCCCUUGGCUCCCUCUACCCCACGAGUGUGUACGUAUCCCGGAAUCUCCAAUUAAACUCCACGAGACGAAACCAAACCAAACCGUGACACCGGAGCAGGCCAGCCCCAAAUCCCCCUUCUCGGCCGGCCGCGACCUCUUCCUCCACAAAAAUCCUCCCCGGAAUUUCGUCGAGUCGCCGAUAGCCGGCCGCCGAUCGGUCGAUUCGCGGGGGGCGGGAUGAGCUUCCAGGACCUGGAGGCCGGGAACGGCGUCCGCGGGACGCCGCGGAGGAACGGCCGGGCGGCGGGGGCCGGCGCCGGCUCGUCGCAGGCCGUCGCGUCGGGCGUCUUCCAGAUCAACACGGCGGUCGCCACCUUCCAGCGCCUCGUCAACACGCUCGGCACGCCCAAGGACACGCCCGACCUCCGCGACAGGAUACAUAAGACACGAGCACACAUAACACAACUGGUGAAGGAUACAUCGGAAAAGCUUAAGCAAGCUAGUGAGGCGGAUCAUCGUCUUGAAGCCACCCCUACCAAAAAGAUUGCUGAUGCGAAGCUAGCAAAGGAUUUCCAAGCAGUCCUAAAAGAGUUUCAGAAAGCUCAACGAUUAGCAGUAGAGAGAGAAGCUGCAUAUGCUCCUUUUAUUACUCAAACAGGUCUACCACAGAGCUAUAACUCAACCGAGACGAAUAACGGUGCUGAUAAGUUGGCUGAGCAGCGCACUCAGCUUCUAGAAUCAAGAAGACAAGAGUUAGUCUUCUUGGAUAAUGAGAUUGUGUUCAACGAGGCCAUCAUCGAGGAAAGGGACCAGGGAAUACAGGAGAUUCAACACCAAAUCACUGAAGUAAAUGAGAUCUUCAAAGAUCUUGCUGUGCUAGUUCAUGAUCAAGGAGCAAUGAUCGAUGACAUUGACACUCAUAUCGACAAUUCUGUUGCUGCGACUGCACAAGCAAAAGGCCAGCUUUCAAAAGCUGCUAAAACCCAGAAGUCGAACUCUUCUCUGAUAUGCCUGUUGAUGGUUAUUUUUGGGGUGGUGCUGCUCAUAGUGAUAAUAGUCCUUGCAGCCUAGCAAUUUGGAUGGCACAUUGUGCUCCAAAAUCUGCUCAUGCUUAGCGCUCAAAUUGCUUCAUAAUUUUAUUUUGCUGUGCAGUCAGUCAGGAAUAUAUCCAGGUCUCCUCCUGGAGGUUGUGCUAUGGUGGUGUAUGUGAUGAUGGUGUGUGUGUCUGGAAUGCAUGGUUUACAUAAGUAAUCGAGUAUACUCGCUUCGUUUGA